AUGGGGGAUUUCAAAGGCCAUGCUUUCCCUGGAUUCAUCUUAAUUAUAUUUGGGAUUUGGUGGACUACAAAGUGCGUUCUGAAAUAUGCCUUCAAAAAGCAGAAGCCGACUUCCUACUUUGAUUCCAAAGCAUUAUUCUAUCGAACAGAAAUGUUGGAGGGAAUUGUGCUAGUUGGAGCGGCUUUAAUUGGCAUCCUUGCAGGACAGUUUGUUCCUGGAGGACCGCACUUGAUCUUAUAUGACUACAAAAAGGAUCAGUGGGUUAGACUCCUAGACUGGCAUCAUUUUACCAUGUACCUCUUCUUUGGGCUGCUGGGUGUGACAAACAUCUUAUGUUCCACCAUCAGGUCACUUCCUGCCUCCUUUAGCAAGUUAAUGCUAUUAAAUGCCUUAUUUGUGGAGGCUUUUGUCUUCUACAAUCACACUCACGGCCGGGAAGUGCUGGACAUCUUCAUGCACAAGCUUCUGUUCUUGGUCAUCUGUUUGACAGGCCUGGUUGCCUUCACAGAGCUCUUCAUACAGGCCAAUAUAACUGUGGAACUUCUGCGGACAAGCCUUUUCCUGCUUCAGGGAAGCUGGUUCUGGCAGAUUGGGUUUGUCCUUUAUCCCCUCAACGGAGGCCCUCCUUGGGAUUUAGCAGAUCAUAACAACAUUAUGUUUCUCACCAUGUGCUUUUGCUGGCAUUAUGCAACAGCCAUUAUCAUCACUGGAGCAAUUUAUGCCUUUGUCACCUGGUUGGUUAAAUCUCGAUUUACGAGGUUCUGCCCUUCAGAAGUUGAACUGCUGAAAAAUGCUGAACGAGAACAAGAUUCAGAAGAAGAGAUGUGA